CAAUAUGACAAAAAAAAUCAAAACAAUCACACCGGGCUAAAUAAAGACAGAAAGGAAACAAUUGUGGAGAAAAGGAGGAUAUUUUCAACAGUACGAAAAUAUAAUAAUGUAUUCGUUUGAAAUCAAAGAAAUUCCUGGCAAAGGUCUUGCAAUGAUCUCCUCGAAGUCAUUUGCUGUCGGUGAAACUAUCUUAGAGGAGGAGCCCUUCGUGUCGUGCCAAUUUUCUUGGAACGCUAGUUAUGGGUAUGCAGCAUGUGACCACUGUAUGCGUCCCCUGGAGACAGUUACAGAAAAUGUGCGUCGCCUAUCGAAUAACAACGCAUUAAUAGUGCCAUUGGCAGAACAUGACCCAACAACACCUUGGUUGGAGCAGUUUAAGCAAUGUGCGCGUUGCAAAGUGCGUUACUGCUCGGAAGAUUGCCGAAUCGAGGCAUUAAAUAAGUAUCAUCGCGUUGCUUGCAUGGGCGCCUUUUACUCAGAUGACACACAUCCAAUAAAUAUGUUGAAUGAGACAUGGAAAAAAAUGCAUUAUCCGCCAGAGACCGGGACGAUUAUGUUAAUCGUACGUUUAAUGGCCAUGUACAAGCAAAGCAAUAACAAACAGCAGUUCCUGGAGUCUCUCAAAUCAUUCCAGUCCGUAAUAGUGAACGCAGAAGAAAAAAUAUAUCACAAAAUGUUGGGGGAGAACUUCGAGUUGCAAAUGGAACAGCUAUUUGUGGCUUUCUGUAGAGCAUUUGCGGAUGAGGAAUUGGCAGCAUUCACGACAGUUGAAGCAUUUAAGGCAUUAAUGGGUAUGAUUGGUACAAACAGUCAGGGCAUCGCAACAAGUCCGCUGGCGGAAUGGGUUAAAAAAGUAAGCGAUCUACAACUUCCAGACGAAGACAAAGCAAGACUUGAGGAAUAUAUUGAUGAUAUCUACAGUAAAGUGGGAGAAUUCGCUGGUGAAUUUCUUAAUACUGAGGGUGCCGGUCUUUAUAUUCUGCAGAGCAAAAUUAACCACAGUUGUGUUCCUAAUGCUCAAUCUACCUUUCCUUACUCAAACGACAUUGUAGUGUUGAAAGCGGUGGCACCUAUAGAAGCGGGUGAAGAAAUUUGUAUUUCUUAUUUGGAUGAGUGUCAGUUAACGCGCAGCAGGCAUUCUCGGCAAAAGAUCUUAAAAGAGAACUAUAUUUUCAUAUGUCAAUGCCCAAAAUGUCAAUUACAAUGCACCGACCCCGAUGAAACUAGCGAAGAUGAAGAUGACGACGACGAUAUGGACACGGAUGACAAUGAUGGUGAAAUGUCGGACUAAACAUUUUUAUUUUAUUUUUACAUCUUGCAUGUAUAUACAUAUUGUAAGAAUUAAUGUUAUUUUUAUACUGGUUAUACAUACAUGUCUGCAGAGAUUAAAUAAUUUCAUCAUCCAAUACGCA